CACAGACACUCUAAACAAAAUCUCUUAAACUCUGAUAGUAAUUCUGUAGAUCCAAUCUGAAAUUUAGAUUGGAGUCAUUUCAGGGACAGCAUAUUCUUAAUAGUUAGAGACAUCUGGUGGCAAGGAAAACGAACUUGUGCAAAAUGCCGCAGCAUAAUUCCUUCCAACAGGACAAGCCAACCACGUAUUAAUUCAACGCUCGCGGUGGCCAUUCGCAUGGUUAAAAUGUCUAACCAGAAUCCUACUACUGGAGGCCAACCUAAAGUUUACCAGGCUGUACAGAAGCAGGAUAGGCCUGACCAGGCAUACACCACAGAGGGAGCCAAGAAAGAGGGAAUGGCUGAUGCAGCAAGUGGAAAGAUAUUUGUUACUGUCCCUCAGGAUCAUUUUGGACCUAACCUAGCUGAACAUGACCCAGAAAAUAGUCGGGGUGUUGUUGGUGAUACCUGGGAAGAUAGAUUUCAAUGCCGGCAAAGGGGUGCCCACUUCCCACAUGUCCCUGGUAUCCUCGGACAGUCGGAGCACGGCGCACAAUCUGUAGUCCUGUCCGGUGGAUGCCAAGAUGACGAGGACCAUGGAGAAUGGUUCCUCUAUACCGGAAGCGGUGGUAGAGACCUUAGAGGAAAUAAGCGAACUAAUAAAGGUCAAUCAUUUGAUCAAAAGAUCGAGAAACUAAACGAGGUUCUACGCAUCAGUUGCCGGAAAGGGUAUCCAGCUGUAAUAGUUAUAAGAUGCUACAAGGUAAAAAGGUUUUCAUAUCAAUUAAGUGGGUGAGAUAUGAUGGGAUUUACAGAAUAGAAAAAUGCUGGAGAAAAGUUGGGCUCCGGGUAUCAAAUUGUUCAUGUUACUAAAUCCAAGAAUUAUUUCUUACUCUCAUACUUUUAUAAACAUACUAAACUUCUGUGGUAUUGUUAAUAUUGCACUAGGGUUUCAAAUUCUGCAGGUACUUAUUUGUUAGGUGUGACAACAGUCCUGCCCCAUGGACAAGGUUUUCACGAGCCAGAGUUUAUUUUGCCUCAUCUGCUGUAAAGUAGUGACUCUUCCAUUAACAACACCUUGGAAGGUGCAUUUGCCGGCAAGAGUCGUACAAGGGAGAGAAGCAUAAGUGGACGGGCACUUCGGACUCAAAAAGUUGUCAUGAAGUGUCCUUGCCCAACUGACAUCUCUGAGUUGGUCAAGAAUCCUCGGGUAAACCUUGAAUUAAAGGAUGUGGUCCAGUUGCUUACAACUAAGAUUGAAGAUAAAGAAGAAAAUUGUCUUCAAGAAUAUUUGUGAAACAGAAGACUAGCUCGAAGUAAGAUCCUGAUUCUAUCACCGCAUAAUGCGAAUAGUGAAAGAAAAUAUGGAUGAACAUGAAAGAUAAAAGAUGGUGAUCCACAGGAUGCUAUAAUGAAAGAAAAUAUGUAUGAUCAUUAAAGUUAAAAGAUGGUGAUCCACAGGAUGCUAUAGUGAAAGAAAAUAUGUAUGAUCAUUAAAGAUAAAAGACGGUGAUCCACAAUAUUGAAAGAAAACAUGGAUGAACAUUAAAGAUAAAAGAUGGUGAUCCACAGGAUAUUCAAUAGUGAAAGAAAAUAUGGAUGAACAUCGAAGGAGGAAGAUAAUCUCUGCUUGGUCAUUGUCUUAGAAUCACGGAUAGUGUUCUAAUACACCAUAUAGGUAUGAGAAGUUGCUCGCUACAACAAUAUAGGCAUUAGACGCUAAAUGCAUAUUAUAUUUAUAAGCAUUAAACUUCACCAAGGAAAUAUGCAGUCCUUUAACCUGAUACGUGAGAGUAGAAUUAUAUACCAUGAUUCUGCAUUCCUUUCAUCAACCAACGGAGGCAAAAGAACAUACAAUCAGGGUAUAACACAACAGCUUGAUCAAAAAAUUCAAAAGAGGGCUGGUUUUGCCAACAUAUGGGCAGCCAAAUUACUACUUCUAGAAAUACAAGAAAAAGACACCGUCACAAAAAGACUAGAAAGGUGACGAAUGUCGUUAAAGAUAGCUUCCAUAUUUGCUGGAGGAUUGAGGAGACCUGAAGCCAUAUGGAUUAUGUCUUUUGCAUCCCUACAAAAGAGACCUUAUCAAGAUUAAUCUAAGAACCAAAAGCAUAGCUUCCUGGAGAGCCAACUUCGACAACAGAAGGGCACAAGGCAUGAAAGAACUUUCUAUGGUACGAAGACAACACUCCAUCAUCCCAACUUGAUGCUAUAAUGCUCCAUAAGAACCAGAUUUGGGAUAGAUGCAUCGAAAUGGACUUAAAAUGCUUGCUCAUUAGAUUGAUACGCUGCUAUCCCUUAAACCUUGUUCAUUAUGCUGUUGCUUCUAAAAUUCGAUCUCUCAAGCUUAGAGCGGCAGGAAGGAUUCCCCGAGGACUUUUCUUCUUCUUCCAUUUUUUUUUUCCUUUUGAGAAUAUUUCCUGAGGACUUAUUGCUAAUGGAUGUAUAUCUAACAUGUAUAAGAUUUUGAUAGUGUUUUGAAUUUUGAGCUCCUUAUAGUGACUUACACUACAAGAAUUUGGAAAUUUCAGAAAUAUUA